CACCUCUCUCUCUCACUCACAUGCUUCCCACUUCUCAGUGGACUCUGGACUCCAACCCCUCCAAUUCCAUUUCAACUUUGUAAAUGCAUUUCAAGUCCGUCACUCCAAUAUAUAUUAACUACUUAAAAAAAAAUAGGCUACCACCAUUAAUAAUUGUUGUACAGCUGCAGUUUCUCUCUCCCAAACACACUUUCCCUCUCUCUCUCUCAAAGUCCCAUUGCUGGUUUCAGCUUUUGGGUCCCUGAAAUUCUCAUCUUUCUCUGUCAGCACAAUGUGAUAGAACCAUUUCUUCCUCUCUUUUUUUAAUUGUUUGAAAACCAGAGGCUCUCACACUUGCUUUUAUUUUCAGCUCAUUUUUGCUCCUUCUGGACUAGAGUGCUAGGGGUGGCGAAUUCAGGAUUGCAAUGAAUAUCACAUCCAAGGACUCUUUAAUAACUUCUGAUGAGAUUGCAAAUAUGUUCACUUCUAAGUUUUCGGAGGUUGACCUAUCCCUUUUUGCUGCCUCAGAACAAGAAGCUAUAGGAGUGGAACAUUUUUUAGUAGAACCUAAAUGUAACCAAAACUUACUCGGUGGUACUUUUGAUUUUGAAGCAUUCCAUUCACAGAAAUUCUUUGAUGUUGAAGAUUUUUCAGGCGCAAUUGAAUAUGAUGAGAUAAAAGCUGAUUUCAAUGCAGUGCAUUCUAAUCUUACUCGGGAGGCACAGGAGGAAACGCCAGAGCUUCUUGAAGAAAUGUUGCAAGUAGCUGGUGAUGAGGUUCUUGAUGGAAAAACUAGGCUUCCAACAUGUGAAGAAUUUAUUUUGGAUGCCAAACCUGCUGAUGAAGUCACCAUUUUGGGUCAUGGUUCAUGCAAAGUAUCCUGUGUGGGAAACGUGGGUUUAGGAAGGUACUCCCCAGAUUUCCAUGAAAGAGACUCUGCUGCCGAGAUAUCAAACAUGUCUUCUGCAAGUGUUCCAGCACUUGAAUCUACACAUAACCAAAAUUCUCCUGUGCUAGACGAAAUGACAGUCCAAGAACUGCAUGAGGCCUUUAAAAGCAUGUUUGGACGUGAAACUUCAGUAACAGACAAGCAGUGGUUGAAGUGCCACCUUUUAUUUGGCUUGCAGAACCAAGUUGAGUUAGACAAUGGCUUGAACCUCAUCAAACGUGAUACAACUUCCUAUAAAAUUGGAGGCAAAACUGUGUGCUCUUCUAGUUGUGACUCAUCUGGUAGUGCCACUGGUUCUAUCAAUAGUGUUUUAGUUGAUAAAACUAUGGCAGUAGGUUGGCAUGUGGAAAGGAAGAAGUUUGCUGGCCUCGAUACCUUGCAGACCUCUUCUGAGGAUAGCAAAAUUGACUUAUGUUCCCUUGAUGGAGGAGAUGAAGCACUUGUCACACAAAAGAGACUGCGAAAACCUCCCAAAAGAUACAUUGAAGAAUCAAUGGAGGAUAAAUCGAGAUAUUGUAAGAGAAAAAAUGGAGACUGUGAAGUAGUCUAUAAAGAAUCAAGGGAGAAACUUUUGUCUGUCAGAUCUCACAAGCGUUUGUACCCAAAGGGAUUUGGAGCUGCACCAAUGGUUUGCCAAGACAAAUCUUUCAAAGGAAGUUGCAUUCAGGUUCCCUUUGGUCUUCCAGUAGAGGAGGGGCACACAGAGACAGAUUCAUCAUCUUGGAACUCUGAGGAUUUUAAGGAUGAUAGACUUUCAUCUCCAAACGAGGAAGUUGAUACAGAGCCUCAUUCAGCUAGGUCACAAGAUGAAAUUUGUGGAGACGGGUUUAUUACAAGGAGUAGUACUCAAAAAGUCAGCAGUCAUAGAAAGCAUCAUAUAUCAUGGACUUCUUCAGAAGUGAUGAAGUUAAUUGAAGGUGUUACUAGGUGUGGAGUUGGAAGAUGGGCUGAAAUAAAGAGGCUAAUGUUUUCAUCAUCUUCACGUCGAACACCAGUAGAUCUCAAGGACAAAUGGAGAAAUCUGUUGCGGGCUAGCUAUGCUCAGUUGCAGUGCAAGAGAAAGCUCAUGCAGGUCAAGCAAGGACAGAAGCAAGUAUCAAAUCAAGUACCAGAGUCUGUUCUGUGGCGUGUCAGAGAGUUGUCCACUACCUAUCCAUAUCAAAGGGAAAGGAAGUUUAAGGUCUCAUGCACUGAUUCCUCAAACUUUUCAGCUUCCACCAACAAUAUAUUGGUACCCUUGUCGACAUAGUAUAGAGAAAAGAAAAUAGUAGGAAUUAGCAAACUAACAUAGAUUUGAGAACUUUACUGACUGGUAAAUGAGAAAAGAACACUAGGAAUGAAAAACUGCAUCCUUUUCUUGAUUGUUGAAAACUGUGUCUGUUAAUAUAGUCGAUUUCUUUUAA